AUGGGCGACGACGAGUACUACUACUCUGAGUACUAUUCUGAGAGCUCUGCCUCUCAGGAGCGCGGCAGGCGGAGCCGCAAGCGGAGCGCCAAGGCUGUGCGGUCGGGCCAAACGCGACAGGUCGGACACGUGACGGUGGAGAUGGACCGCGGAUCGGACAAGGUUGCGGCCAUGCUUGCGGCGCUGGAGACGACCGAGGCUGAGCUGGACACGUCGCACCUUGAACCGUGUGCCAUGCCCAUGGCACUCGAGUUCUCGGACGUACGGUACUCGGUGGACCUUGGCGGCGGGGCGAGCAAGGAGAUCCUGCACGGCGUGUCAGGCGCAGUGUACCCGGGGCAGGUGCUGGCCAUUCUCGGCCCGUCUGGCGCAGGCAAGACGACUCUGCUCAAGGUGCUGGCGCAGCGGCUGGUGACGGGCAAGUCGUCAGGCUCGGUCACCGUCAACGGCGCGCCCAUCGACGACAAGGCCAAGCGGUCGAUCGGGUAUGUGCUGCAGGAGGACCACCUGCUCACCGAGCUGACGGUGCAGGAGACGCUCGAGUUUGCAGCGCUCAUCCGGCUCCCGCGCGAGAUGCCCAAGGCCGAGAAGCUCGCGCGGGUCAAGCGGGUCAUCAAGGCUUUUGGCCUCGAGCACGCGAGUAAGACCAAGAUCGGCGGCGUUAACUUUGGCGGCUUUACGCCCGGCGUCUCGGGCGGCGAGAAGAAGCGGACCUCGAUCGCCAACGAGAUGCUGUUUGACCCGUCACUGCUCUUCCUCGAUGAGCCGACGUCGGGUCUCGACUCGUCGACCGCGCUCAAGAUCCUCAAGGAGCUGCGGGUGCUGGCGUCGUCGGGGCGGACGGUGGUGACCACCAUCCACCAGCCUUCGUCGCAAAUCUUUUCCGCCUUUGACCUUGUGGCGCUCAUGGCCGGCGGCGAGCUGGCGUACUUUGGCCCGGCCAAGCGGGUUGUCGAGUACUUUACCUCGAUCGGGCUCCGGCCGCCGGCACAUUUUAACCCGGCCGACUUUAUGCUCGAGGUCGUCUCGUCACCGAUUGUGGCCGACGACUACAACUUUGGCGAGGAGUUUGCCAAGCAGAUGGUCAAGUACCGGCCGGAGCGGCCGACGGAGCUGCCGAAUGCACCGGUGGCGGCGCCCGGCACCACGCCGCGGCAGCCCGGCAGCCGCAAGUUUGAGGCCUCGUUCCUCACCCAGGUCCAGCUCCUCACCCUGCGCGCGUUCCGUCAGGAGCGCGGUGACAUCUUCACCAAGCUCAAGACCUUCCAGUACGCCGCCAUCACUAUCAUCACCUCGGUUCUCUGGUACAACAUUGCGUACAACGCAUCGACGAUCAACGACCGUGUCGGCCUCAUGUUCUUCAUUCUCCUCUACCUCUCGUUCGAGUCGCUCUUCCAUACCCUCAUCAUGUUCCCCGCCGAGCGCCCAGUCUUCUCCAAGGAGCGGCAAGCCGGAGCGUACACGACGCUCGCGUAUGUCAUCGGCAAGUCGCUUGCCGACAUCCCGGUCUCGCUCACGUUCCCCACCGUCAUCGCCUCGGUGGUGUACUGGAUGACGGGCCUGCGGCCGGACUUUUUCGCCUUCCUCACCUACCUCAUCAUCCUCUGGGUCCAGGUCAUGUCGGCGCAGUCGCUCGGCUUGCUCAUCGGCGCGGUGAUGACGCUCAAGAAGGCGCUAGUCACCGUCGGCGUCGUCCUCCUCGGCAUGGUCCUCACCGCAGGCUUCUACGUUUCCACCGACUCACUCGGCUCGUGGAUCAGGUGGAUCCGCUACGUCUCGGUCUUCCUCUACGGCUUCCAGGCCAUGCUUCUCAACGAGAUCAAGGGCGAGGCGUACCCGUGCUUCACCUCGGAUGACAUCCCCUACUCGGAGUGCCCCGUCACCGAGUCACAGAUUCGCGACUUUUACGGCAUCGACAUGUCCAUCGCCUCCAACAUCUUCAUCUCGUUGGCCAUUGCCCUCGUCGGCCGCUUUGCUGCCUACUAUGGCCUUGUUCUCAACCAGCGCGCCAUGGCCGUGUCGGGCGGCAUCGGGUUGGGCGGCAUCGGGUCGGGCGGCAUCGGGUCGGGCGGCAUCGGGUCGGGCGGCAUCGGACUCGUCGGAUCCUGUGCCGGCGUGCGGUACUCGUAUCUGGUGACAGGCGCGCUGUCGGCCGGGUGGGCGUCGUUGUUGCUGCAGCCACUGCUGCAGCCACUGGACGUGAUCAAGACUCGGGUGCAGCAGGGCGCGCGGGUGUCGGCUAUGGAAGCGGCACGGAGCGUGGUGCGCGACGCCGGAUCGGCGCGCGGGCUGUGGCGAGGGACGGGGGCGACGCUGGCGCGGGCCAUGCCGGGCGCAGGGCUGUACUUUUUCGCUCUCCACAACCUGACGCGAGCGUGGCCGCCACCGGACGACGCAUCGGGCCCGUGGGCGGCGCUGCACGCCACGGCGCUGGCGAGCGGAGCGCGGACAGGCGUGGCGGUGGUGCUCAACCCACUGGCGCUCGUCAAGACCCGCAUCGAGUCGUCGCUCUACCCCGAGUACACGUCGACGGUCUCGGGCCUCCGGGCGCUGAUGCGGGCGCAUCCGGUCCGGGCGUUUUCCAUCGGCCUCCCGGCCUCGCUUGCGCGCGACGUUCCGUUCUCGGGCAUCUACUACGGGGUCUACUCGCAGCUGCGAUCGCUGACAACGGUCGAUGGCGAGCGCCCGGCUUUUGUGCACGCGUUGGGCCUCGGCCUUGCGGCUGCUACCGCUGCCGUCGUCGUCACCCAUCCGCAAGAUGUGGUGCGGACGCGCGCCCAUCUCGGGCAGUCGUCACGUGAGUUCUUUGUCGGCGGCGGCCUCUCGCUCUCGCAGCGAGUGGCUGCACUUUUCCGCGGCGUCGCCCCGCGCAUCUCGCGCAAGAUCCUCCUCUCAGCUAUUGCCUGGGCCUCGUUUGAGCGCAUCGAGGCAGCGGUGGACGCAGUGUUUGCUGGAUGA